UUUUAGUUAAGAAAGUCUUAUUCACGUGCUUUUCACUGAAUUGCUGCAGCAGCUGCUAUUAUUUGGUGCAUUUUCUUCCCCUUCUUCUGAACUAUGGAGAGAUAGACAAAAACGAGAAAUUCCGAUGGCAGAGAGUGUUGUUCAAUUCUUGUUAGAAAACUUAAGAGCCCUUCUAAAUGAAGAAGUAUCUCUACUAAAAGGAGUACGCAAGGAAGUUAAAGAAAUCAAGAAGGAACUUGAUAGAAUGCGAGCCUUGUUGAGGGAUGCUGAUAGAAGAAAGGAUAGCAAUGAAGAAAUGAAAACAUGGGUGGGAGAAGUAAGAGACGCUGCACAUGAUGUGGAGGAUAUCAUCGACGAGUUCUUGCAUCGCAUGGACAGGCCACGACGAGGUGGAUUCAAGGGUUUUCUUGUUGACACUAUCUAUAUCCCCAAGAAUAUCAGCGACAGGCAUCAGUUCGCCAGGCGACUUCAAGAAACCAAGGUUAAUGUUCAGAAUAUUUUUCAGCGAAGACCCAGCCAAAUAGAAGAAGUCACCAGAUCCUCUGAUGUUAGUGAACAGUGGCAACGUGAUGUAGAAACUACUGUUUUCAAAGCGGACAAUGACAUUGUGGGGAUGACGAAAGAAAUAGAUUUGAUAGACGGAUGGUUAGUGGAGGAAGAAAAACGGCGCACGGUGAUUUCAGUGACAGGGAUGGGUGGGGUGGGCAAAACCACUCUUGUCGCUAAAGCCUACAAGAAUCAACAAGUAAAGAAGCUCUUCGACUGUUACGCAUGUGUUUCUGUCUCACAGUCUCUUAGAAUUGUUGAGCUACUGCGAAGCAUCAUAAAACAAUUACUUGAGGCUAAGAAAGAGGCUGUUCCAAAUGACUUUGCCACCAAAGAUGCCGGCGACUUGAGGCGGAUAGUUAGAGGGCUUCUGGAAUCAAAAAAGUACCUCAUUAUCUUGGAUGAUGUCUGGACUAUGAAUGAUUGGAAUAAAUUAAAUGUCAUAUUUUCAGAUUGUGGAUGUGGAAGUAGGUUAGUAGUUACCACGAGAGACUUUAAUGUGGCUUCUUCAGCAGGAGAGGGAAGACGUGUCUGCAAGCUUCAACUUCUAGAUCAAGAAGAGGCCUGGGUGCUCUUCUGUAAGAAGGCAUUUCCGAGUGAACCCUGUCCUUUAGAGCUUGAGCCAUUGGCUCGAUCUAUGGUAGAAAACUGUGAAGGCUUGCCACUUGCUAUUAUUGCCAUGGGCGGCCUCCUGUCAUUGAGAGACAAGACUGCAUUGGAAUGGAAUCGAAUCUACAAAAACCUGAGCUGGCAAUUGACAAACAAUCAAAUGCUUGAACCAGUAAAGCGCAUCCUGUUGCUUAGCUUCUAUGAUCUACCUUACCGGCUUAAGCAUUGUUUCCUGUAUUGUUGCAUGUUUCCGGAGGAUUACUUAAUUCACCACAAUCAGCUGAUUUGGUUGUGGGUGGCAGAGGGUUUUGUGGAGGAGACGGGUAAAAUUACAAUGGAGGAGGCAGCAGAAGACUAUCUGAAGGAACUCAUCCAUCGAAACAUACUUCAGGUUGUUGAGACGAACGAGUUUGGAAAGUUGAAAGCUUAUCGAAUGCAUGAUAUUGUGCGUGAAGUGGCAAUAUCAGUAAGUCAGGAAGAAAGGUUCUGCAUGACAUACAAUGAGCUGCAAGCAGGGCAAAAUGGCAAAGUCCGCCGCAUGUCAAUCCACAGUAGUGGUGAAAUUAAUAAUUCGAGUGUAGGUAUGACACAUCUUCGUUCCUUCAUGGUGUUUGACGGAAACAUGUCGUUUUCAUCUGCUUUAAAUACGAUGGCAUCAAGCUUUAGAUUGUUGAGGGUCCUAAAUCUAAGAGGGAUUCCUAUCGAAAGCAUACCAGAUGAAGUGACAAACAUGUUCAAUUUACGGUAUCUAAACUUGAGGAAAACUAAAGUUAGGGAGCUUCCCGAAUCUUUAUGGAAGCUACAGAACCUUCAAACACUGGACGUCAUGAAUACGGAGCUAGAGAGGCUGCCAAGUGGGAUUGUGAAGCUACGUAAACUACGACACCUGUUUAUUUAUCGAAUUACUGACAAGCUUUAUGAUGAUUUUGAUUUCAUCAUUAGCAUCCAAGUUCCUAUAAGAAUAUGUAAUUUAACAAAUUUACAGACUCUAUUUUUUAUUGAAGAGAAAGAAGGGGAGGUUGUUAAACAAGUUGGGAACUUAACCCAACUUAGAAGUCUUGGCAUUUCUAAGGUCAGAGAAAUCGAUGGAGCUGAGUUGUGCAAUUCAAUCGGGAAGAUGAAACACCUUCUGAAGUUGACUGUGAAUGCAACUACAGAGGAAGAGACACUUCAAUUGGAAGCACUCUCUCCCAACACUCCAUCGCUUCUUCAAAAGCUUUACCUGAAGGGGCGUUUGGAGAAGGUGCCUCGAUGGCUUAACUCCCUUUUGAACCUCACCAAUUUGUCUUUGCAUUGGUCAAAACUGGGAGAAGAAGAUCCUCUUUCAUCAAUCCAAGCAUUGCCCAAUCUGAUGUACCUUUACCUUUACAGGGCCUAUGAAGGGCAGCAGUUGUGUUUCCGCGAUGGACGGUUUACUAAGCUCAGGAGCCUUUAUUUACGGGAUAUGAAUCAACUAAAUCAUAUAGUAAUAGAAAAGGGAACAUUGGCAAGCAUCGAAGAGAUAAUUCUGGUGAACUGUGGAGGGUUGAAGACUCUUCCUGAAGGGAUUGAAUAUCUCACCGGACUCCAAGAGCUCCGCUUAGUGGGCAUGCCAAUGGAAUUGACAGAUAAGUUGAAACUAAAAGAUGGAAGCGAGGAGGACCGUAGAAAGGUGGGGCACAUCCCCAUCAUCCAGCGUGGACAGUCGACAGAAGCGGAGGGAUGGCUCACGGAACGACUCAACUAGUCAUCUAUCCUUCAUUCGUUGAUGAGAUCUAUUGCACUGUGGCUCUAGUCUGAGAUUUGAGGAGAUGAGCAAGGUGUUGAACAUGAAAAGAAUAAAAUGUGUGACCGAAUGUGAUGACUUCGUCAAGGAUGUAGAGCUGAAGGGCGUGUAGUGACCUCACCAAGAAUGUGGAGCUAAAGGGUAGCAUUUGCCUUGGGUGAGAGGCUUGGCUAUUAAUGUCUACUGGGUAUAUUUUUAGCAUGGAAUUUCUUGGACAAGAGUCUGUUUCCAUGAGAAGUGUGUUUGUCUAUAUAUAAACGUAGCUGGAAAUGGGUUUUAUAUAUGACUAUGGGCUUUGCUUAAUAUGGUUGUUAUUUGGGCAUGGCUAUGGGUAUUGCAAAACAUGAGUUUUUUUAUCAGCAUGGUUGAAAAGUUGGCUUUAGACAUGUACUAUGUUGCAUAUGUGUAUUUGGACAUGGUAGCUUUUACAUUAUAUGUGGUUUUCCUUUUCAUAC